AUGGAAUCACCAGUAGAGUCUGAUCAUUCGGUGCCGACGAAUCCUACAGUUAGCUUGAAGAAACGCAGAGGACGUCCUCCCAAAGGAAGUUAUGCGGCAUUCGGUAGUGACGAUGAAGACGAUGAUGAAUAUUACGGUGGUCGCUCGCGUAGGAGGACAAAUCGCGCUCCAAGACCCAAGGUCUCAACGCAAUCCUCUGGUUCUACCGUUGUUCCUAAAGAUUUGUAUGCACAUCGUGCAACCUUGGAAGAUGACGAACUCAAUUUUGGUGUGGUUGAUCCCGAAGGAGAGAAAAAGGUGAAUGAGCUUGGUUAUUUGAACGGUGGACGCGAGUAUCGUUGUCGAACAUUCACUUGUCUGGGUAGAGGAAAUCGGUUGUACAUGCUUUCGACAGAACCCGCCCGUGCCAUGGGUUAUAGGGACUCAUAUUUAUUGUUUUUAAAACAUCGCUCUCUCCAUAAGAUUAUAGUCGAUGAUGCAGAAAAAUGGGACUUAAUUGAACGAAAUAUUAUUCCACACUCAUAUAAGGGAAGAGCAGUGGGAAUCGUAGCUGCACGUUCUAUCUUCCGUGAGUUCGGUGCAAAGAUUAUUGUCGGUGGUCGAAGGAUAGUUGAUGAUUAUUGGGAAGGUGAAUUUCGCGCUCGUGGUUUUGCAGAAGGUGACCUAGCCGACCCUGAGGAUAAACUCCCCCCUCCGGGAAUGCCAUAUAAUCGAAAUCAAUAUGUCGCAUGGCAUGGUGCCAGUGCUGUAUACCAUACCCAGCCUUCUUUUGAAGCGCAGUUACCUUCAGCAGUCAGAAAGCGUAAAAAGGACCCUCCUAAAGAUGCUACCUGGUUGUUUCAGCAUGCUAAAGCCACUUCUGCUUACAAUAAUGACCUUGCAGAAAAUAUCGCACGGAAACAAACUACUGGCUUUUUUGAACCUCAUUCAAAUUUACUUCAUGUUCCUCAAAACUCUCAGCCAUCUCGAACUGAGUGGGCUCACAUUGCUCACGACCAAGAAGAGUAUAUUGCUCCAAAACUUGAUAUUUUAGUAUCUCUAAACCCCGAUAUAGCACCUCAAGUCUCGUUAAUAAAUGUUCCCUUUUCUGUCCUUGCUUCUUGUCCUCCUCAUAUACAAGACGCAAUUCGAAGGCGACAAGAGCAAGAACUUUUACAAGCCAGAAUGAACGGUACAUUAUGGUAA